CGUCUUUACUCAUGAAACGUCAUGCCUUCUCCCUCCUUCGCGGCUCCUGGUCGACACCAACCGCUAGGAUUUAUGGAAGGAUCACCACAGCAAGUAUAUCGUCUGCCUCGAAUAUAACCAAAGGAAGGCCUAAUGCCUGGAAUGGCGCCGGUGCGGCCGAGUUCGACAUGCGCAGCGAUACUAUGACAAAGCCCACCAUAUCCAUGCUGGAGGCUAUCAGCCAGACUAGCUUGCUUGAUGAUGUCUUCAGCGAGGAUCCCAUUACAAAUGAACUGCAGUCCUAUGUGGCGGACCGCACUGGCCAUGAGAGUGCGUUAUUGGUAAUGUCUGGGACUAUGGGGAACCAGGUCGCCAUCCGGACACAUCUUGCACAACCACCUUAUUCGGUUCUGUGCGACCACCGAUCUCAUAUCAUCCACUACGAAGCGGGAGGAGUCAGUGCGUGGACCGGUGCUAUGGUCUCCCCCGUAAUUCCCAAGAAUGGCAUCUAUAUGACACUGGAAGAUCUUCAGAAGCAUGCCGUGUUGAUUGAUGAUGUCCACUACUGCCCCACUAGGCUGAUCAGCUUGGAGAACACUUUAGACGGGCUGGUUAUGCCGCUUAGCGAGGCUCGUCGCAUUACGGAAUGGGCUCAUGCGAAUGGUAUCAAGGUGCAUUUGGAUGGUGCACGGCUCUGGGAAGCAGCAGCAUCCGGUUCUGGAAGCUUAGUUGAUUACGCCAGUCUUUUCGACAGUGUCAGCUUAUGUUUCUCGAAGGGACUGGGAGCACCCAUUGGUAGUAUCAUUGUUGGCUCUAAGGACUUCAUCGACAAAGCUCGAUGGUUUCGAAAGGCCUUUGGGGGAGGUGUCCGCCAGGCUGGAGUAAUCGCUGCUGCUGCUCGAGUGGCGGUUGAGGACACGUUCGGGCCAGAGCCCAACGGCCAAGCGGGUAAACUCCCAGAGGCUCAUGUCAGGGCUAGGAAGGUAGCCAACAUGUGGACUAGCCGGGGAGGAAAGUUAUCAUGCCCAGUACAUACCAACAUGAUAUGGCUGGACUUGGAAUCGUCGGGACUUGGACCCAACGACCUUGCGGAAAUCGGAGAAACAAAGGGGCUGAAGCUGUCAGGAUCUCGUAUUGUCGUGCAUUAUCAGGUAUCGGACGAGGCCCUUUCGCGACUGGAGCAAGUCUUUGAUGUGGCAAUGAGCGGGAAGUUUCAGCGAUCUAGCAACCAGAGUAGACCAUAUGGCUCAAAGUAAAACGGAAUGUCAGCCCAGUCAUUACAGAACAUAUCGCAUGAUCCAUGGAUCCCUUGUAUUUGGUGGAGUAGAAGCUGUUUCCUGCCCGGGGUUCAUCGAUG